UCUAAGUUUUUAAUAUUUUUUUUCAGCCAUUUCUACGAUCAGGAUGGCGCUAGGAGGAAAAUGGGCAGUGUUAUUGGGUCUGGUUGUUUUGCAGUUUUUUCUAGCUGGAGUCUGUGUUGAAGGCAAAGCGAAACAAAGUUUGGAAAUUUCUGGAUCCAAUACAGAAGAGGAAGAAGAAGAAAUAUAUGAAGAACUGAUAUUAGAAGGCGAGACUGAUUCUGAAGCCUUACAAGAUGCAGAAAUAGAAGUGCAAGAAGAAGUAAGUGCAAAGGGAAAAGCAACACCUGCAGUCAAUAUUGAUAGCGAUUCCACAGAUGAGGAAGAAGAAGCUUUGCUAGAGGCUCAACUGCAAGCUAUAGCAGCAAAAAGCGCAGAAAAUGUUAAAGCCAGCACAAAAGUAAGCGUAGAUCCUGGUAUAGAAACUGAAUCUGAGCUAGAAGAAGAAGAACUAGAAGAAGAGGAAGAAGAAGAAGCUACGGUAGCAAAAAGCGCUGAGGUUACAGAAAAUGUUAAAGCCAGUACAAAAGUAAGCGUAGAUUCUGGUAUAGAAACUGAAUCCGAACUAGAAGCUGAAGAAGAAGAAGAAGAACUAGAAGAAGAGCUAGAAGAAGAAGAAGAAGAUAGCGCUGAGGUCACAGAAAAUGUUAAAGCCAGUACAAAAGUAAGCGUAGAUUCUGAUAUAGAAGCUGAAGAAGAAGAAGAACUAGAAGAAGAAGAAGAAGGAUCAGCAGUUUUUAAAACUACGGUAGCUGGUGGAGCACAAACAACAGACUUUUUUGAGAAUUUAGAUGAAGAGGAAGAAGAGGAAGAAUUAGAAGCAAAGGAGGAGCAAUCAGACGAAGAAGAUGACAGCGAAAUUGAACUUGAGUUAGAGCUAGAAGCCGAGGAAGAUGCCGAAGCAGAAGCCAACCUUAAACAGAAACAAAGUGCAAAACAAAGCGUUUUGAAACAGCAACGCAAGGAAGAACUGUUAGCAGAACAAGAGGCGGAAGAAGAAGAGGAAACUAUUGAAGAAGUAAGCAUAGAAGUCGUAUCACCAAAGAAAGCUCCGAAGAAGCAUUUGAAAGUUCAUAUCAGCGAUCCCGAAUUCGAACAGAAAUUAUACAGGAAAUAUCAAGACUACGUAUCUAUACAGGAUUUCAGACAUUAUGUAUUAAGAGAAGUCGAUGCGGUUCGCAGGGACUUCUACAUAGACGAAACUAUAAACAGAACAGAAGAACGACAGGACGAUGAGGCUUACUACAGUACAAGAGAGCGUGACGUCUAUGGCUAUUUCGAUAAAACAACUGAACGAGAAAAUGAUGAAGCUUUCGAUAGGUACAAGCUUCGUCCGAGACUGCAGAAGAAAGCCGGUGAUCCUGAUGUUGGAAUUAAAAUGUUGGGACACUUCUCCUCUUUCCCCCUCGGUAUUGCCCCGAUACCUUUCUUGGAGUGGACUCAUCCUGAUGGAGAAAUUGGAGUCGCACAAGCUGCUCAGUCUUUCAUUGUGCCGAUGAUCGUCAGCGCCUUUUCUAACACGUAUUUGGAAGAAAUCCGUUUCAGCGCUCCUCAUGCCAAACUCUGGAUGGAGACCUACAUUUUUAAAGAUGGACGUAUCACCGAAAACAUUGUUAACAGAGCUGAUGUUGUUGGAUAUCAAGCCAUCGUAGUUACCGUAGAUGCUCCUGUUUACUCUUCGAACUACAUAGACUGGAGAUCAGAUUUUGUCUUACCUACAUAUUUAAGGGUUCCUAACAUUGAAGAUCAUGACGUCAACAUUGAACUUCCUAAUUUUGAGUUUGCUGACGCACCUGAAUCAGUUGAAUUCCAAACUACGGUGAAAAAGACAAAAACACAUAAGAAAAAUCCGGAUGCAGAAACCGAAGCAUUUGGUGACGCGGGUUUUGAUGGUAUAGGCUUGGCAGGACUUAACCUAGAUGUUGAUGAGGAUAUUUUAGGCUCGGAACAGUUUGAUUUAGAUGGACUUUUAAACGUGAGAAAGAAACGUGGUUUGGAUUUUGGCGACGCGCUUCAGGAACUAGACACCGAUCUGGGAAUAUCUGCCGAUGUUAAAGAUGCACAGGCAAAUGCUGGUGUAGACGCAGCUUUGAAUAUAGCCGUGAAUGAAGGUCUACCUGAUGAUUUACUGGGUGACGGAGAUGUCGAAGUCGUCGACGACACUCAGUUCUGGGACGGAAGGACUGACUCCUACUUCGAAGACUGGCCUGGUAGUUUUCCUCUUGGCUUCGGGCAUAAAGAUCACCUGGGUGACAUCAAGGGACACCUCCUCGGAGAGGACAGAACAAAAUUUUCUUUCUGUAUUGGCAGUUACAAGUUUGAGGAGUAUUUUGAAUAUCUUGUAGAUCCCGAUGCACAGUGGAAAGACUUCAAACACAUUCGAGACCUUACCGAUUUACCUCUAGUUGCGAAGGGAAUUCUUACAGGCUGUGAUGCAAGAGAAGCAGUGAGAAACGGUGCAAAUGCCAUCAUCGUUUCUAACAAUGGUGGAAGGCGCCUUGACGAAACACCUGCAACGAUCGAAGCGCUUGCUGAAGUCGUGGAAGCUCUGGAUCAUCACGAAUUUGACCACAUCGAAAUCUACUUGGAUGGUGGAGUUCGUUUCGGUACCGACAUCUUCAAAGCAGUUGCAAUAGGGGCAGAUGGUGUUUUCAUCGGUCGACCUAUUGCUUGGGGAUCUUUGCAUAGUGGUAAAAAUGGAGCCCAACGAGUUCUUCAGAUACUUCGUAAAGAGUUUGACAGAACAAUGACUUUUAUGGGUGCUGGCAAAGUAGACGAUAUUGUGAGAUCAAUGGUUGUAUCACAAAAUUAUUACUUCUAUCGUUAUGAAUCCGAUUACAGACGUCAUGGUGAUAGAACAGGCGGAAUUAACGUUGGUCCUCAUUCUGACUAUUACUUGGUUUGUCCUUUCGAUUACAAAGAUAACCAUCUAAUACACCACAUAGGCGCAGGAGUGGGUGAUGGAAGCCAAUGGUUUGAGGACAGUAGCUAUUCAUUUUCUUCGUAUUCGUUCUCAUCUUCCGAUAUCUUGGGUGUUUCUGCAGAUAUUUUGGGUGUUGGAGUUGACGUCAGCCUCAGCAGUAGCAGCAGUAGCAGCAGUAGUAGCAGUAGCAGUAGCUGCAGCAGUCACAGUGACAGUAUCAUCGCUGCAUCGGACAGUUUCAGUUGGAGCAGCGAAAGUAGUAUCAGUAUUUCCGAAUCCUCCGUGAUUGAUGUCAGCGUUAUCCCAUUGGGAGUUACAUUCCUCGAUUCUUCUUUGGUCGACUCAUCAGCUUCAAUCGAAGGAGUCUCUCUGAUUCGAUCCGAUGACAGCUGGUCUCUUACUCUCAUUGACAUUCAUGACGGCAUUUCUGUUGGUGUUCAUGCAGGUGUUGGAGCUCAUGUUGGUGCGUCAGCUGCGGUUGAUGCCGGAGUGUCAGUUGGAGUAGGAAUUGAAGCUGACUUCGAAAUUGAAACGGAUUUCGAAGCUGAAACUGAUAUCGAAGCUGGAUUUUCCGCUGAUAUCAGUGCUGGAUUUGGUGCUGAUAUCGGUGCUGGAUUUGGAGUUGAUAUCGAUGCUGGAUUUGGAGCUGAUGUGCGUGCUGACCUUGAAGCUGGAUUGGACAUUUCCGCUGGUAUUGGUGCUGACCUCGAAGCCGGAUUGGAUCUUUCCGCUGGUAUUAGUGCUGACCUUGAAGCUGGAUUGGAUCUUUCCGCUGGUAUUGGUGCCAAACUUGAUGCUGAAUUUGGUGCUUCUUUGCUUGAACUUGAAAAAUAGUUGCCAGCUGGCAGCCUCAUCAGUUUGUGGUUUAUACUGAAAUUUUUUGUUCUAUCCUUAAAUUUAAUCUAGUACAGAUGUAUAUAUUUUCCAAUAUUACAAGUUACAUAGAGAAGCUCGUAUUAAUAGACACUGGAAAACUUGAAUGCUACAAGAAAUUUUGGUAUAUACCAUGUUAAUAGAGUUAUUAUGAAUAUUAAUGUAUUUUAGUAUUUCACUAAGAAUAAUAAUUGCUAAAAUACGUAAUGAUAAAUUGUUUUGUGGUUGCAGUUUUUGCAUCUUUUUCCUUUCUGUGUUUCUAAAGUAUUCAAUACAUGCUUUUAUUUAAUAAGGGUUGAACUGUAAUAGCAAAACACUUUAUUAUUUUAUAAAUAGGAAUAUUCUAAGUAUUGGCAAUAUUUCACAAUCUGUUGCUUGCCGAAGAAAUUUCCUUGAGAUUGCUUCAAUAUAUUUUCAUGUACAAGUUACAUUUUCAUAUUAAAAGAAAUUUUAAAGUACUUUCGGAAAAGUUCUAUAAAUUUAUAGUACUUUCCCGAUUUCCUAACUGAUGUAAUACAAUAACUAAAUAUGCUGUAAAAUUUGUGUAAUAAAUAUAGAUAUAGUUUUGCCAGA